AUGGCUUAAAAAUCUUAAAAUUCUUCUUUAAUUGAUGAUGAAUAAUCUUAGAAAGUCUAUGAUUAUAAUGAUUCUCGUUCACAAGAUUUAUAUAAGUAGAUUCCCAAUACCCAUAAAAAAAUCAAAAAGUACUCUGCAAAAAGAAAGUCUUGCAAUUGGGGCUCAGGAAGGCCUUCAAAAAACGAAAAAUCUGAUUUAGAAAUCCAAAAAAAUUAAUUAUUAUUGAAAGAAGUCCUUUCAAAUUUAUGGUUUGGUACAGAUAUCUCCUUGCAAUUGAUCACCUAUCUCUGUAAAAUGGGAAAUAUGAUACCUAAAGUUGUGACGGGCAUACCAGCAUCCAAAAACAAGAAAGAUUUUAUGAAAUAUGACAUUGACACUAAUAAGGAUAUUAAGACUUACUAGAGUCAUUAAGAAAAAAAAAAAUAUUCUAAUUCACUUAAAAAGGACCUUAAAGUAAUUAGUUAGCAUAUUCUUUAAGGACAAGCACAAGAUGUUACUUGAGUAUCUCCAAUAUUCAGAAGACACGACCUAUUUGUUUUUGGGGGACAAUAAAAACUGCCAAGAUAAAUUAUAUCUUGGCAAUUAUAUAAUGGAAAAGGAAACUAAAAUUGGGUUGGAAGUAGUAAUAAAGAACCUGUCACCGAAGUUUGUACCCACUUACAAAUUUCUGGUUCAAGAUUACUAUUAAAAUAACAAUGUUAAUUUUGAAAUUUUGGUGGACAAUAUUUUGAACAAUCUGAUAGAAAAUCAACAAAAUCAUAAGAUGAUCUUUGACAGAUAACUAAUAUAUGAAUUGACAAAGGAUGAUAUUAAUCUGAUCAAUUAAAUUGUAUAAUUUUAUCUAAUAUUUCAAAGGAAUCCAAACCAUCCAUGGCUGAUUUUCAUAUGUAUCAAAAUACUAGCAUUAGAAAACUUAAUUUUUAAUCUAAUACGUUUAAUGAUGAAGUAGAAGAGAUAAACAGAACAUCACCAUGGAUUCGAUAAUUUAUAGGUGGAUUCAUUGAAAUUUUGUAGAAUUGUGGUAAAAAUACUUAAGCCAAUAAAACACUUAGCGAAUGA